UGGAGCAAGUAUGAUAACAUGUGUUAUAUUUGUUGUGACCACAAUGACCGAAAGGACUACCAGAGGACGUCGAAAGAUAUACUUCUAUGAGAAAGUCUUUUUGCUACUUCUACCUGUCAUUGGGGCAUGCAUUGCAUGUUUUGACAUGAUUAUGCUAUUAAGCAACACAAAAACGGGUCAUCCUGCUUUAUAUCACGAGUGGCUUGUUAGAUCUUCUCAACUCAUAGUUUGGGUCACAUUACUUCUUGUCUCAAGGUGUGAUUGCUGGUUAUUUGUUUUAUCUAAUCGGGUCUUGUGCUUUUGGUGGAUUAUGAAACCGUUCUUAGCAAUUCCAUCUUUACAAGCAAGCUUCUCUUAUUUAGAGGUUUUUAGCUGUAUUAAUGAGAGCUUAAUAGUUCUAGUGGAUGUUCUGUUUGGUACCUUGGUUAAUAUCAUCAGAGUGAAGCAGGCAUCUCGUAGGAACAGUUCAAUGGAAGAGUCGCUACUGUCCAGUGAAAUGGCUAUCGACGAAACUUUUCAAGAAAGUCCUGGGGGUCUUGCCAGAUUUUGGAAUGUCAUGACAUUUAAAUCUAUCAAUUGUGUAAUGGAACACGGUGCAAAGAAACAACUAAACUUCGACGAUUUGAUUCAAUUGCCGGUUGACAUGGAUCCCUUGUUCUGCCAUGAUUCUUUGCUAAAAUGUUGGGAAGAUCAAAGAGGACUUGAUUGCUCUCAUCCUUCUUUGUUUUGGACUAUAUGUUAUGCAUACGGUUGGCAAUACAUUUGCUUAGGCCUGUUAAAGGUAGUCAAUGAUCUUCUUGGUUUUGCUGGACCCUUGCUUCUUAAUAUGCUGAUCAAAUAUCUUCAAGAAGGAUCAGGAAACUUUAAUGGUUAUCUCUUCGCCAUUUCCCUCGGCUUAACUUCCAUUUUGAAAUCUUUUCUUGAUACACAAUAUACAUUUCGCCUCUCCAAGUUAAAGUUAAAGCUACGUUCUGGUCUUAUGACUGUUUUAUUUCGAAAGUGUCUCCAUGUAAGCCUAGCUGAAAGAUCUAAAUUUUCCGAGGGAGAAAUUCAAACAUUCAUGUCUGUGGAUGUGGACCGGACCGUCAAUAUGUGCAACAGUUUUCAUGACAUGUGGAGCUUGCCACUACAAAUUGGAAUUGCCCUGUAUCUGCUCUAUACCCAAGUUCAGUUUGCUUUUGUUGCGGGAAUCACAAUAACUAUAUUGUUGAUACCAGUAAAUAAAUGGAUUGCUGAGUUGAUUGCUAGUGCCACUACAAAUAUGAUGAAGCAAAAGGAUGAAAGGGUUAGAAGAACUGGAGAGCUAUUGACAUACAUUCGAACUUUGAAAAUGUAUGGUUGGGAGCUUAUUUUUACUAGCUGGUUGAUGAAAACAAGAUCCUUAGAAGUGAAAUAUUUGUCAACAAGGAAGUACUUGGAUGCAUGGUGUGUAUUCUUUUGGGCAACAACACCAACUCUUUUUUCUUUGUUCACAUUUGGACUUUAUGUAAUGAUGGGAAAUCAACUUGAUGCAGCAACGGUUUUCACUUGUCUUGCUCUAUUUAACAAUUUGAUCUCUCCAUUGAACUCAUUCCCAUGGGUCAUUAAUGGGUUGAUCGACGCAUUCAUAUCUACAAGACGGCUGGGCAAGUUCCUCUCAUGUCAUGAGCAUGAGCCUCGUAACUUGCAGACAAACAAUUCUUCAUCAUCAUAUGAAGAAAUGGAUAUUUUCAUGAAAGAUGUUUGUUGUGCAUGGUCAAACAGUGAUCAGGAAGUCAAGAAGCCGAUUCUGAAUCAUGUCAAUCUUGCAAUUCCAAAGGGUUUUCUAGUUGCUGUUAUUGGAGAGGUUGGUUCAGGUAAAUCAUCCUUGUUAAAUUCCAUCCUUGGAGAAUUGAAGCUUAUUAAGGGAUUUAUAUAUUCAAGUGGAUCUGUGGCCUAUGUCCCACAGAUUCCGUGGAUUCUUUCUGGCACUAUCCGUGAUAAUGUCAUAUUUGGGAAGGACUAUGAUCCGAUAAGGUAUUCUGCUGUUCUAGAGGCAUGUGCCCUUGACACAGAUGUGUCCCUCAUGGUUGGAGGUGAUAUGGCUUAUAUUGGAGAGAAAGGGAUUAAUCUUUCAGGUGGACAGAGAGCUCGUCUUGCACUUGCCAGUGCAGUUGAUGCACAAGUGGCUUCUUGGAUAUUAUCACAUGCACUCCUUAGUCCUCUUAUGAAUCAGAAAACACGCAUUCUUUGCACCCAUAAUAUUCAGGCAAUAUUCGCUGCAGAUAUGAUUGUUAUAAUGGACAAAGGACAAGUGAAAUGGGUAGGGAGUCCAACUGAAUGUUCAACUUCUUCAUACGCAUCAUUGUUUAGAACUGAAGAGUUUAACACAUCUUCUGAGACCAAAUUACAAGGAGAAAGUGGAGAUACUUGUAUGGAAGUUGAGGAGAGUGUUAUGUUAAAGAGCGAAGGUGUAGAUAUUAUGGAUACCACUGACAAUAUUAUCGGGGUUGAAGAGAGAAAAGAAGGCAGAGUUGAAACAACCGUGUACAUGAGUUAUGCUGCAUUCACUGGUUGGUGUAUUACAGCUGUAACAUGCCUGUCAGCAAUUUUAAUGCAAGCUUCUCGAAAUGGAAAUGAUCUAUGGCUGUCUUACUGGGUUGAUAUAUCAGCAUUAGAACAGCAUCCAACAUCCUUUUAUCUGGUUAUACUCUGUAUCUUUUGUGUGGCGAACUCCUUUCUUACUCUAGUUAGGGCGUUCUCAUUUGCAUAUGGCGGUCUACGUGCAGCAGUUCAGGUGCACAAUAACCUGUUGAAAAAGCUUGUUGAUGCACCUGUUGCAUUUUUUGACCAGACACCAAGUGGAAGAAUACUGAACAGGCUGUCGUCUGAUCUUUACACAAUUGAUGAUUCUCUACCUUUCAUUCUCAAUAUUCUACUUGCCAAUUUUGUCGGCCUCUUAGGAAUUGCUUUAAUUCUGUCCUUUGUGCAGGUCAUGUUCUUGCUUCUCAUAUUGCCUUUUUGGUAUAUCUAUAGCAAAGUGCAGUUCUACUACAGGUCAACAUCAAGAGAACUGAGAAGGCUAGACAGCGUAUCACGAUCACCCAUAUAUGCAUCAUUCUCCGAGAUACUUGACGGGUCAUCAACUAUAAGGGCGUUCAAAUCCGAGUACUUUUUCAUGACUGUAUUCAUGGACCAUGUCAAGAUGUAUCAGAGAACUUCGUAUUCAGAGUUAAUUGCAAGCCUGUGGCUAUCUUUACGCCUGCAGUUCUUAGCAGCUUUUGUUGUCUCAUAUGUCGCGGUGAUGGCGGUUGUUGGAUCUCACGGAUAUCUUCCUGUCAAUUUAGGUACCCCAGGGCUGGUUGGAUUAGCCCUGUCAUAUGCAGCUCCAGUUGUAUCAUUGUUGGGGAGUUUUUUGACAAGUUUCACCGAGACUGAGAAGGAAUUGGUCUCGGUUGAGAGGGUUCUGCAGUACAUGGACAUUCCACAAGAAAAAUUUCAAGGGAACAAGAUUUUGGAUGCAGCUUGGCCAUCUCAUGGGCAGAUUGAAUUUCAAAAUGUAGCACUCAGAUAUAUGCCGUCUUUGCCUCCUGCAUUGCGUAAUCUAAGUUUGACUAUAGCUGGAGGAACACAGGUAGGAAUUGUUGGAAGGACGGGUGCUGGAAAAUCUAGCAUUUUGAAUGCUUUAUUCCGCCUUAAUCCAAUAUGUCAAGGACAUAUUAUAGUUGAUGGCAUAAACAUAGCGGACAUUUCUCUAAGAGAUCUUAGGUCACGUUUAGCGGUCGUUUCUCAGACUCCAUUCCUUUUUAAAGGAACUUUAAGGGAAAAUUUAGACCCCUUAAACUUGAGCGACGACCAUAUAAUGUGGAAAGCUCUAGAGAAAUGUCAUAUUAAAGAGGAGGUUCGAGCUGCAGGGGGAUUGGAUAUGCAAAUGAAAGAGUCUGGAACUUCUUUUUCAGUCGGCCAACGACAACUUAUUUGUCUUGCACGUGCCUUUCUUAAGUCUACUAUGGUGUUAUGUUUGGACGAAUGCACAGCAAAUAUAGACACUCAAACUGCUUCGAAACUGAAGGAUGCCAUAUCUAGUGAAUGCAGAGGGCUGACGGUGAUCACAAUUGCUCAUCGCAUCUCUACAAUUCUAGACAUGGACAAUGUACUGAUUCUUGAUCAAGGAGUCUUGGUGGAGCAAGGGAACCCUCAAAUUCUAGUCCAAGAAGAGUCUUCCAGAUUUUCAAGUUUUGCUAAAGCAUCUUCAAUGUAAUGUAAUUUUCAUCACCACUGAUCGAGUUUGUGUGUUUUUGUAUGUGUUGUAAUAUUACAUUACACACUGUGAUAGCUAAACUUAGAACAACAUAAAGUAGUAGUUUCUUGUAGUGUUUCUAGGCAAUUAACCCUUUCUUGUAGUGUUGUAGUAUCUAUCUACAUAUUCUCAAGAGGAUAUAAUACUUGCUCAAGUAUGUAUUGCUUAUA